AUGCCGACCAUCACGGCACUUCCCCUCAUGGAAUCUCCUCUCAUGGAACCUCCUUCGACUGCACCUCCUUCCACAGCUGCCCGCAAGGCCUACAAGGCCCCGGCUGACAAGUACCCGAUCUAUCACCGUACCCCGGACAAUCAGUACGACAUGAUUGUUGUUGUCGGUGAUCAUGUGGUCGAGCUAUCCUGCUGCUUUUGCGGCGGCAAUCAUUCCAGGCAUUGCGGCGGAUGGAAGGCUAUGGUUGGUGUCCAUGGCGUGCAAAAGCAUAUCCAACUCAGCCACAAGGACGAUGAGUCCGAGGACAAGGACAAGCGAGCAUUCGACUGGGUUACGAGAAACUGUGUUCGGAGGAUUUUGCUCAAGUCGGACAUGGAAGAUGUGCGAAAUGGAACGUACGUCGUCGAGGAGGUCCACGUUCGCACGCUCGGUCGGCAGAGAUGA